AUGAACGGUCAACAACAACAACAACAUCUUCAUAAUGUUCAACGUUCACAUUCAAGUAAAUGUCGAGCACCUCCUCCUCCACCACUCUCUUCAUUAAAUAAUAACAACAACAAUAAUAAUAAUAACAACAAUAAUAUUCGUCCAAAAUCAGGAAUAACUUCUUCACUUCCUGCACCAUUUAUAUCUUCUUUACGUCAACUUUUUUCAAUACUUGAUAAAACAAAUAGUGGUCAUGUACCAUUUGAUGUUUUUAAACGUUAUUGGACACCAUCAUUUUCUUUCGAUAAUACAUCAUCAACAUUAGAUAUUUUACAUGAACUUGAAAAUGAAUCAAAAUUAAAUAAUUAUUUAAUAACAUUUGAUUUACUUUUAAAUAUUAUUGAAAGAUCAUUAUCAUUAACAAAACAUUCAUCACCACCAAUAACAACAACAUCAGAUUCAUCAUUAUCAUCCUUAUCAACACCACCCAUUGUAAUUCCAAAAGCAACACGUCCACCACCACCUUUAUCAUUUCCA